AUGAUCGUCAUCAUCCCAUACCCCAAAUACGAAUGGUUUCAGCGUCCUUGUCCCAGUUCGGAGGUAACCUUGAUUGUCGCCGGGAUGCUUUUUGUUUGGACCGCAAUCCUCUUUCACCAACGGGUGGAUCGCAUCAAGACCAAACUCCGCGGCAUCGGUCCUCAGCCGGACGAUUACCAAGACGACCACUUUGUAGGCUCCCUGCGAAUCUGCUCGCUAAUUUCAGCCUACAUGGAUCAUCACGAAGAUCCCGGAUUUGCCAUUUUGCGACUGGGGACCAAGGCCAUUCUAUUUUUGGGAUUGAUGCAACGGAACUUUCAGCAUGGAUUCCUCAUCAUGUUGGCCGUGCUCUUUGUCGAAUGCAGUUUGAAUACGGCGCGCAUCUUGUUGGUGUAUCAAAAUUGCAAAUCCAUUGACUCGGUCCAACCGCUGGCGGACGACGAAGCAUACGACAUUACCGGUGAUAAUGCACGUCAGUUGGAGCCGACAAAUGUGCAGGAAGAUUUGACAAGGCCGUUUGCGCUUGCAGUAUUGGUCUUUUUGACGCAAAUCGUCUUGAUUGGGCUCGUGCUGGAUGACACCUAUCUCACUACCACGCGCACCUGCUUCAAUGGAACGACCGGAUGCCUCAUGCUCACAUCCUUGGGUUCCUACUGCUUGUAUUUGAUGGGGACCUUUAUGACAUGUGUUUAUUAUGUCGGUCCGACCAAUUCGUACGGCAGCAAGGAGCUAAAUCCUACGUUUUGGCUCAAGCUUUUUCUCAUGAAUAAGAAUCGUGUCAUGUUUGAGUGGGAGGAUCUGGGAGGAUCCGGGGAAGAACGAACUCUCGAGCUGGAAGCAAAACAUUGGACCUUAUGGGUACGAUUUGCCAUGUCCUUUUUGGUCAAUGAAGUUGGUUUUACCAUGUUGUUGUACGUGCUUCCUGUCAAAGUGGCGGGGCAGGCAACCAUUAUGGGCGUGGUCUUUCAAGCGCUAGGAAUGGUCUAUCUGGUGGAUUUGGAUAACUGCACAGGAAAUGUCCUUACACUGGUCGAAUCAACGCACAAGAACAACAAAGAGUCAACAACAAACGGCUCUCAUGAUUAUGGAAGUAGCUAUCAAAUGGAUGAAAAACAGUUUGAAGCCGAAAAGCAAAAGAUCAUUCGACAAGCCAUGAAAGAUGUCGAGGCCCAGCUGCAAGCCUUGGCCCAUGGGGACCAGAGACACCAUGCCCAAAAGCAGCGGAAGAAAAGAUCAAAGUUUACCAAUAUCACAAGUGCACUCUUUUUAUCGAAAUAUCCAAACACCAACAACCGGCAACGACAAGCCGGAGGGAACAGUGAAAAGUCACCAUUGGUUUUGAAUGGUGGUGGUCCAAUUUCCUGA